AAAAUGUGUCUUGCUUUCUUUUGAUCUAUGAAAUGUGUGUAAAACAGGAAUCAUUUGUGCAUCACUUGUGUAUUUCAGGUGAAGAUGACAUUGAAGAUGCCACCAGCUGCAUCCCUGCAUAUGUUUGUUACCGAACUGAUUGGGACAUCACCUCUUUACAAUCAACACCAAAUAAGAUUCAAGAUGAGCGAUGUGGCAGUAAAACACUCUGUGUCAAACCUGGUUACAAUGACAUUUGCUCUGAUUUUACUACAACUAUCACAUCAGAAACCUGUGUGAGCUCUUCCUUUAGCUUCACCAAAAGCAUCUCUAUUGAUUUCUUGAAUCCAAGUGAAAUAAAUCAGACUGUUCCCAAUAAAGUUCCUGUUGAAAUAAACACAAAAUUACCUCCAAACUGUAAAAGCCUCUCCAUUGAUUACAACUGUUGGGAACAUGGCAGAGUCCGUGAGUCUAAGACUUUGUCUGAGCUGGAACCUUUCACAGACUACAGCUGUACUGGUGAGAUCAAGGACAACGAUGGCAUCAUAAAAAAAAAAACCACAGCUCCUGUUCAGUUUAACAUUCACUGUGAUCUCACAAUAAUCAACACACAGAACAGCACCAAUACAUCCAUUGAGUUAAGUUGGACCACAACCAGUCAGAAAUGUAAAGAUGUCCCUCGUCAUCUUCAGAAGCUUUCAUACAACUGCAUCUGUAGUGAUGUCUCCAAUCAGAAACACAAGAGCACAGCUGAAAAACAACCAUCAGGAGGAACAUGUAAUGUUACUGGACUGAAACCUUACACUGAUUACACCUGUGAAGUCCAACCCAUCUACAACAACAAGAUAGUUGCCCAGUCAAAUCCAGUGAAACAGAGACCUGAGAUUGGAA